UUUCUUAGUUUUUCCAAUUUCCUUUUUUCCUUUUGCACAUGGGUUUACGCGCCGUUAUGUGUUGGGUUUUCGCCCCAUCUCCUUCUCACUUCUAUUUCUUGGGAAUCGAAGAACCGAAAGGGAACUAAGAACUCACUAAUUUCUCUCUCGCUCGCAUCAGCUGUGCGCCCGCUCUCCCGCUCUCUCUGCCGCGAUCCUCGACGGGGCGACACUUAUAAAAACCAGCUGUGCCGAGAGAGCCGGCACAUUCGUUCUCCGUUCGUCGUCGAGUCAACAGCUCUUCUUGUUCUGCCUUUCGGUUCCUCGUUCGGUGACCUGAGUUUGUGCGGUUCAUAGUUAUUAUCAACAUACAAGCCCUCGCACAACCACACACCAAACUAAAAUACAAAAACAUGCUGAAACGGACACAUUAACAAAAAAAACCAUCAACAACUAAAAUGCAAUAUUAGCCAAAAACCAAAAGGACUACCAUCCAAAAUUCUCAACAAACCAACUGUAAAUGAGUGAACUGUGACCAACAAAAAAUUGUGUUUUAGCAAUUUUUCGGCUACAACAAAAAAGACUCACUAAAUCAAAAAAAUUCAGUUUUUCGAAACCCCCAAAACACACAACAUAAAACCAACAAAAUGCUGUGGGAAACAAUUGUGGAGGAGACCAACUGCAGCAUGGAUUGCAAUAUCAGUAACACCAGCAGUUCCAGUAAUAUGAAAAAAAUGAGUGGAUCGCGUCGUGCUCGCCGUUCCCUGGAACUGAUGAGCAUGGACCAGGAGGAGCUGUCGUUCUACGACGACGACUCCGCGCCCCAGGAUCAACAGCGGUCGGCCAGUCCGGAACUGAUGGGUCUGCUCUCGCCGGAGGGUUCGCCCCAGCGUUUCCAGAUCGUCCGCCAGCCGAAGAUCCUGCCAGCGGUUGGAGGAGCCAGCAACGAUGUCUCAUCGAACACACCGGCCCGCAGCUUCCGUAUCUUCAACAGCCUGUCCUCCACCUGCUCCAUGGAGUCCUCCAUGGACGACGAGUACAUGGAACUGUUCGAGAUGGAGUCGCAAAGCCAACAGAGCGCCCUGGGCUUCCCCAGUGGCCUGAACUCUCUGAUCAGUGGACAGAUCAAGGACCAGCCUGCGGCCAAGUCGCCAGCGGGCCUGUCCAUGCGCCGUCCUUCGGUGAGGCGGUGCCUCAGCAUGACGGAGAGCAAUACAAGUACCAACACCCCACCACCAAAGACCCCAGAGACUGCCCGGGAUUGCUUCAAGCGCCCGGAACCGCCAGCAUCGGCCAGCUGCUCGCCCAUUCAGAGCAAACGCCACCGCUGCGCCGCCAUUGAGAAGGAGAACUGCCCCGCACCCAGCCAAAUCACCCAGGUGACCACUAGCCACCCACCUCCGCUGAGGAAAUGCAUGUCCCUGAACGACGCCGAGAUCAUGUCGGCCUUGGCCCGCUCCGAGAACCGCAACGAACCCGAGUUGAUCGGGGACUUCAGCAAAGCCUAUGCCCUGCCCUUGAUGGAGGGACGUCAUCGGGAUUUGAAGAGCAUCUCCAGCCAAACAGUGGCCCGCCUGCUUAACGGAGACUUCAGCAAUGAAGUGGCCAGCUACCGGAUCAUCGACUGCCGCUAUCCCUACGAGUUCGAGGGUGGUCACAUUGAGGGAGCCAAGAAUCUGUACACCACCGAGCAGAUCUUGGAGGAGUUCCUCACUGUUCAACAGACUGAGAUGCAGCAGCAGCAGAAUGCCGAGUCGGGACUGAAGCGCAACAUCAUCAUCUUCCACUGCGAGUUCUCAUCGGAGCGUGGACCGAAAAUGUCCCGCUUCCUGAGGAACUUGGAUCGGGAGAGGAACACCAAUGCCUAUCCGGCGCUGCACUAUCCCGAGAUCUAUCUGCUUCACAACGGCUACAAGGACUUCUUUGAGUCGCAUGUGGAGCUGUGCGAGCCACAUGCCUACCGCACCAUGUUGGACCCCGCCUACAAUGAGGCCUAUCGCCAUUUCCGCGCCAAGUCCAAGUCCUGGAAUGGCGAUGGCUUGGGCGGAGCCACCGGUCGGCUCAAGAAGUCGCGUUCCCGACUGAUGCUGUAGGUGUACAGUUCGUUAUCUAAAUUUUGGGUGUUAUCGUAUUGUAUAUAUAGACGUAUAGGGGUAUUUAUUUCAAGCUGCUUUUAAGUUGAUUUUUGUUGAUUUUCAUUUGUUAAUCCGUAGAUUAAGUUUCUCGCACUCGCAGACACACCUACCACUCUCUCAUUCAUACAAACAGACAAUUUCAUUUGGAAUUAACGCUUUUGUUUAGUUAUUAUUGUUUAUUAUGGAUUCGGCUUUAGUUCAAUUAUUUAAGCACUCUAGUUCAAAUUUUAAAGAUAACCAUCAUAACAAGCAAACGAAAAAUGUGCAUUAUAAUCUAAAAACGUGAGGAACACUGUCAUUUAAAUUUAAGAGGACGAUCCCGAACAGACUCCUUAAUCAUUUGUAGAUGAUAAGCAGAACAAAAUGGCUAAAAAAACACAAAAACAAAAAAUAUUAAACACAAAAACACACGCUCAUCAAAUACAUCCACAUCUUAACUUAAGAAAUAUUAUUUAAGAGUUGAAAGUUGAAAACUUCUGCUAGGUACAAUUUACGCUUAUUAUUUGUUUAUUUUUAUGUAAUCCGUAACCGAACACGCACCCGAAACGCAAACGCAUACAAGAAAAACAAAUAUUUUACCAUGUAAUGAUUAUUAUUUAAGCAAAGCUUAUUUUUGCAUCAAAAAAGGCAAUAUUAUUGAACAAAGACCAUCAAUUUUAAAUAUACUUAAUACACGACUAAAUCAGAACUGAAA